CCGAGACCAGAUCCUAAAUCACACGGUCUGUCCACAUCCCCGGAUACAUGUUGGCGCUGGAAAAUCCCUUUUACUGCCUCAUAACCCAACGAGGUCGGACUAAUUGACAAAAUCUGACGAUCAGACGAAAGUAGCGUUUCCUGUUAGUGCAAUAAUAAGCGAUGUUCAGUCAACGGGUUACCUGCUCAGGUGUUUUGAAGGUGCAGCCUGGGACGUGUGCAGUCUAGGGGCCACAGACGGGGGGCUAUGGCCCCAGCCCCGACCAGGAUCCUGCAGAAUGACCAUUGCAUCCACCUGUCCUCUCCUCCUGCCUCCGUCAGGUCGGACCCGGAUGACAUGAGAUCCCCAGAUCAUAGCGACCUCCUCAAAAUGUGGCUGAACGUUUGCUCGGUUAAAUCUCUGGACCUUUGGCUCUCCUCCAGCCCCCUGGACGCCCCCCUGGACGCCCCCGUGGACCCCGGGCUUUCCACGUGCAGCCUGCAGACGUCUUCCUGCCAGUGUGAGAUGAUGCCCCUGCCCAGUCCAGACUCCCUUGCCAGCUUCCUCUCUAGGGGGAAUUCUCACCAGGAGGCUGCUGUCUUCCCAGGUGUAUCUGACAUGUUUUCAAUGCCUGUUUCGGAGCAGAAUAGCCCGGAGGCUUGUCUUCAGCAUGGAUGGAGUGCUGCUCCUGAAUGCCUGCCAGGUGCUGGUGAUGGGCAUUGUUCCUCUCUUCCUCUCACCAGUGUUUUUCCCUCUUACCCCUGUGUGGACGUGAGUUCUUGGAGUCAGAUUCCCUUGUUUGUAACUCAAUCUACAAUGUUGCAUGAAAAAGCAGCUGGGAUUGGCUGUCCUCCUCCUCCUCCUCCUCCUCUUCCUCCUCCUCGUCUUCCUCCUCCUCCAGCUGCAGUGCAGCCUGGCAUUGGUAUGGUAAUCCCCGACAAAGUGGCUUCAGCAUCUGUUCUAGAGGAAGCUGUGAAAGAGCAGCUCUCAAGGAAGGCAAGACUACAAGGCCGUGCUCAGGGGCUCCAAAGGAGAUUGCAGACCCUGCUGGGAGAGCAUGCCUCGCUACACUGCAGCCAGCAGCUGGACGGGCUAAACAAACACUGCCAACUCAGAGACGUGUCUCCCGACAGCCUGGGACCUGUACAUCUCGGUUCAACACCUCCACAAGCAUGUAGCUAUCCCGAUUUGUCGUGGCAAGAGUUGUCCGCUGCCUCGCCAUCCUCCACAGAGCUCAGAGAGUUCAGCCACUCCUGCCAAGUGGUGCUGAGAGGCCUGCAGGAGGCUCUGGACUCGGAGGUCACGGGGAGCAGCAGCAGCUCAGAUGAGGAGCCAGAGGAAGACAAGACCCGUGGGAAGAUUUCACCUGCCAGCAGCUGCCGCAAAAGGCAGUGGCUGGAAGAGAGAGCGGAGCUGGGCAGCAGAUGGAGCUGGUUGCAGUUGCGAGUGGCUGAACUGGAAGGGAGGAUAAAGCAUCUGGCAGAACUCCACAAACACAUUCGCUCCACCAAGGGUGGGGUGAUGCUUGCAGACCCUCAGUCGCUGAAGAACAGGAAGAUUCAGCAAAGCCUGGAGAGGGGGAUGACUGGAUUCUCCUGUGGAGCCUUGGAUGCAGACGCUGAACCCUGCAGUCCUGCACGCCUCCUGCACAAUAUAGAGAGACAGAGCGCUCAGCUCAGCCAGAUUGUAAACAGUCUGAUGCCGCCUCUCGGCUUUUCACCGCUCUCUAAACAACCCCAGAACUCGAAGGGAAGGGCGAGCUUUGGAAGUGGUCAGAGAGGAGAUGACGUUUCCGUGUCCGGGAGCUCCAAGAGGAGGAGACUGGGGGCCAGGAGGCUCUUCAAAGCUGAUACAUCAUGCGUGUGCGCCCGGACUCGGCCCCUGCUCACCUACCACAAACCCAAAUUAUUCACUUUCAACUCUGACAGCCAUGCCAGUCCACCGAGUUCAAGAGGUUCCACGUCGACACUCUCCUCUUCUCUCUCAUCAUCUUCCUGUUUGUGUGGAUCCUCCUGCGAUCCUGUAGUUUUGUGCUCGGAUCCGCACUGCAGCUCCAGUGCGGCCCGCUCCCCUAGCGUCUCCGGCUCCAGACCUUACUCUGCCACGCGGCUUUCUUGGGACUCUCCCGCCUGCCCCCAAUCACACGGGGCCACGGCCAGAGAAGAAUGGUCUCAGAGACCCCUGGUUAUCAACACUCGACUCUUCAGUCCAGCCAACUUCAAGAGAAACAGCUCCACUCCACGGCACAACGGUCACAAAUACAAGAAACAUGGAAGACAUCGUAAAGACAGAGUUUUGGGUCUGUCACCCAUCGGGUCGUCUUGCUCUGGUUGGAGUCGUCGCAGCCGAUCCGAUCAGAGGAAAAGGAAGAAAGGACGCGUCCGCAGACUGAUUGAUGAUCGGCUCUGUGAUGUAGGAGAAAGUUCAGAUGAAGUGCUGGAGGAAAGUUACGCUCAAGACGCUUUCAAACAAACCUCACGGGUCCACAUUCCCAAACGCCAGAGAGAGAGUGUGUACAAUAUCAACAACGUCAUCAUCCCAGUGAUGCCCGCUAAAGUGGAGAAGCUGCAGUACAAAGACAUUUUAACACCCAGUUGGAGGGAAGUUGACGCUGUGACAGAGGUGGAGGCAGAGGAGGAGGAGUGGCAGCUUGAAGACCUUGGAGAUGAAGUGUUUGCUCAAAGGCACCUGGCUUUGGAGCAGAAAGAGAAAUUACGCUGGUCGUCCUCGGAAAUGCGAAAGUGCUGCAGGCCGGCUAUAAGAUCUGUCAGCAGGCUAUCGGGCAGUGGGAGUGGCGUCUGCACAUCAGGAGAGGAGAGCUCUGCGGAGUGGAGCCGCGGUCAGCUGGACAGUGACGAGCAGCUGCAGUCCGAGGAGUGGCUGAUUCAGGAACCUUGGGACCCCCGAGCGUUUCCUUUGGAUGCGGAUCACUACCCUUCAGAGCUGUCCGAUGAAGCAGGAGAACUUCCGUCAGGAUGGACAGACUGCACCUCCACCUUCCACACGUCAAAGAACUCCAGCUCCCACAACACCUCAGUUCAGUCAGCUGGUGCUACGCUGCCCCCUCAUGGACAAAGAAAGAGCUGCACACUGAGCGUCAGCUGAGAUGUCUUCACACGUGGGACCAUGAGCCAGUGGAGUAAUCAACGUGGAUGUCCUUGAUUUUGUGAUUUAUUUCACAGUAGUUUUAACUGAGUUUCAUGGUUCUUGCUACAGUUUUAAGGUUUAACGUGAAAAAAAAAAAUGCUGUAUGUAAAGUUAUAUGAACCAGUAGUGUGUAUAGAUAUAUAUGUAUAAAGAUUUUAGCAGAAGCAUUUAUUUAUGUAACUUUUACUUGUUUUUUUUUUUUUUUUAAUCUC